AUGUCGUUCAACGAUCGUUACUUCUGGGGGCCGCUUAUCAAUGCCGACAAGAGCCCGGCUCCAUUGUUGGAGCAGCUCUGUCUGGGCAUUGCAGAGUUGAUGAUAAGCUUCCACGAUUGCGGAACAACCGAUCUCACUCCAGAGCGACUGGCUGCGUUUUACCAUAAAGUCGGCGGCAAUUAUGAUCCAUUGUUUCUCGAAACGAAACCGGCUGCGCUCUCGUUUAUCUAUCAAUCCUUAGGAUGCUUUCACAGCCUUCAGCCAUCCACCAAUGCCUUUGAGCCCCCGUCCCUUCCAGCGCUGCUACCAAGUGGCUUCGUGCGAUGGCAAACAAUCCAGAUUCUGCUGGACCCGAAUGAGCACGUGAGAUACCUGCAAAAUGCAGUUAGAAUGUGGGAUAUUCGGAACCCAUUCGGGGGUUUCUUUCCCAAGUCCCUUCCUAGAGAUUCUUUUCCCCCGGGACCGGAUAUGGAAAUGAUUCAAUGGCAUGAGCAGGUCAGCCGGCGACUGGAGUAUGAUUACCUGAAAAGAAGUCUGCCCCGAUCGCCGCCGCCGCCAAUCUCUGAACAAUAUCAACAUCGCUUUCUUCCCAGUCAAUCGGCUUUAGUCCCAGUCCGAAAGGAGGAGCCAGAGGAGGAUAGAGCGCUUGUUCGAACCAAGAACCGGACCGUCCCGCAGUAUCGGUACGUUGAGGCAAAUGAUACACCACCCCGUGUUCCAAAUGGAAGGCGCACUAGCGCAGAGCAUCCACCGCCGCCCUCGCACAAGGUGCCACCGAGGUUAUCGCCGCCACCCGAGAUCAAACCACGGGCUCCGUCGCCGCCGGUCUGGCCAGAACAACCGGCUAGAAGCAGACGCCGGCAACGCGCAUCAAGCAUUCCCGAACCUGUUUUUCCGGAAGCAAUGCCAGGGUAUUACCCCUCUGAUGUAUCUUCUGAACCUCAGUCGCCAGCACCGGAACCAUCACCUCGAUACCAUCGCCGGUAUUUGUCCCCUCAUCGAGGAUCCCGUGCGCGUCGACACUCACAUGAUGCAUAUUCAAGAAAGCCCCCUCGAGACCUCUCUCCAGACUAUCCUAGACACUAUACGCCUCAAUAUAGCCACAGACAUUCAGGCGGAUGGCAUGACGCAAACGUACCCCCACGAGUCCAUUGGGCAUAUAAGGACGAAACACCACCACCCAAGCAUUCUGGGGUCAGGUUCCGUGAAUAUGCUUCUGAAGAGCCAGUAACGGUUCCCUCCAGUCCUGAAUCACCCGUAUUUGUUCCCGUCCAUCCACGAUAUGCGAGCUCUGGCUACAUGCCACCUCAUGCCCCAGAUCCUAUUGAAGACCCAAGACGACGCAGUUAUAGUGGUGGCAGUCUUCCAGAACGUCCUCGAUUUGCAGGCCCGGGAGUCGCUGGCCCUUGGCCACCACAAGCUCCUGUGCGGAUGUAUCCUGCUCAAGGUCCACCUACGGCAUAUGUUCCGGUACCAGUACCGGAUAUGGAAUAUGUGGCCCCAAGAAGGGUGUAUAGAUGA